AAUUCGGGCAGCCUGGAUCCAGAGGUCCUUUCGCCGCCAUUUUGUUUGCAAAUGUUUAUAUCAUAGACUGCUGGGACUUGCAGGUCACAUUGAAUGCGUAACAGAAAUCAUGAUUGCUAGGUUUUUAGGUCCUCGGUAUCAGCAACUGGCAAAGAAUUGGGCUCCUGUCCUAGCCACUUGGGGAUCCAUAGGAGCAGUAGGACUGAUAUGGGCCACAGACUGGAGACUGUUUCUUGAUUAUGUUCCAUAUAUAAAUGGAAAGUUUAAGGAUGAGAAAUAAUUGAAUACCUGUCUGUCUACUAUGAGCAUGUCUUGGAUUUGGCCCAGACCAGAAAAUCUUCAGUUUCCAGAAUGUUAAUGGAAGGGAAUGGACCGACUUGUUACACCUUGGAUGAAGCAGCUUAUUUAUGAAUAAACUUUGGACUUACAUAUUCCAGAUUUAUAUUCAGAAACUUGCUAUGUUGGUGUAAUUUUUAACUGUAGUGCUCACUUCUGAAAAAGAAAUCUAAUAAAAUGUUUGUAAUUCAACUUGAAA